UUUAUUCCUGCAGUCAGGACGAUGCAGAGUGACGAGCCGGGAGGAGACAGAGAGAGAGAGAGAGAGAGAGGGAAACUGAAGACUGAGACUCGACCUGUGGAGCCUCCACACUGAGGAGAAAAACGUGAGGGUGUGAGUUCAUCUCUGUGGAUGGAAAAAUAAGAAAAUAAGAGCUGCAGGGAAUGGAAGCGCUGCACACUUCAACACUAGCUGUUCUGUGAUUGGCUGAUUGCUGACACCAGCACCAAGAUGGCCCACCUUUUCCUCGCUAGUAAGAUCACCAUGCCAGACGACCUCCACGGUAAAGGUGGUCCCAGGAUUCCCAGGAGCGCCAUGAAGAUGCCAACAUCAAUCUCUGCUGAGAGGCUGAACCAGGACAAGCCAAGGAAGGACCAUGGCGUCAUCGUGACCACACACAUUCCCCAUGUCAAUGAGGUCCAGCUGACAGCGGCCACAGGUGGCGCUGAGAUGUCCUGCUACCGCUGCACUGUGCCAUUUGGCGUGGUUGUCUUCAUUGCCGGCAUUGUGGUCACAGCAGUGGCGUACACCUUCAACUCUCACGGGUCCACCAUCUCGGUGCUGGGAUUGGUGCUGCUGUCUGCUGGAGUGGGACUGCUGGGGUCUAGCGCCAUCUGCUGGAGGGUUCGACUGAGAAAGAAGAAGGACAAACGCAGGGAGAGCCAGACUGCCCUCAUGGCCAGUCACGGAUACUGUGUGGCCUGAUCACCGUCCAUGAAAACACCUGUUAGGAACUUUAGAAGAGUCAAGUUUAAGCUCUGGACAUCUAUACAGUCCACAUGAUAAACUUCAGGGAGACAGUGAGUCUGAACGCACCACACUGACAUGUUCACAAACAGUAAAGACACAGACAUUAAACUCACUGACCUGGAAGCUCAGGCAAUGGCAACUGUGCAGAAACCUUAAAGGAUCAGGCUUUGGAGACAUGGUGGCCUGCAGGAUCAUUCAGUUUGACUACUCCAUGUUGGACGAUGGAGGAGGACUAAACUUUCUUUUACCAAGCUCUACUGUGGACACAACGAGUUUAACAGUCAACUGAAAACAAUUUGGAUAACUGAUCAAUUGUUUACGUCACUUAUGAAACAAAAGUGCCAAACAUUAUCUGGUUUCAGCUUCUUGGAUUUCCUAUUAUGGGUCACAGGUGGUUGUGGAUUGAUGACUGGACAAAACAAGACAUUUGAAGACAUCACAUUGAGCUCUGGAGUCCCCCAGAGGUCAUAUGGUAGAAAAAAUACUGCCAUGGAUAUCUGUUUAUUUCUAAACUGAACACAUGGUUUAAGGAAUAUUUAUAUCAGUCAGAAUAAAAACUGGGAGUUUGAAUCACUAAUGCAGCUUUUAAUUGUCAGAGCUGCUAAAUGAAAGCACAGACUAAUAAUCAGUGUAAAAAAAAACAUGAUAUCCAAUAUGCUAUAUGCUGAGUUUCUGGACAUCAGUCAUUUUUGGAGAAGCAUAAUUUCUGCUUUAAAUGCUAAAACAAUAAAUUUAAUCAAUUUAAAAUUACAUCUGAUGCAAAAAAGUAAAGGUAUCAACAUACUUUGUGAAGCCACUGUAAAAUAUGCAUCAACAAUCAAAAUUGGACUAGAGAGAGAGGACACAUAUAUUAGUAUAUGACAUUGAUUAUCAAUAUGUGGUUCAUUCAGUGGGUUAGAAUAACACAUUUCAUUACCAUAAGUUUAUAUAACACCCCACUGCUUUUAUUCUGAAGGUCAGAGGUCCACAUCAGACUAUCAAACAUCCUAUCACUAUGAAUGCACCGAAACUCAUGGUUUGCAUGGAUAUUUGAGCUACGUUUUUCCUGCUUUUCUGACACUCGACUAAAAACUACAGGCACCAGUUGAUGUGAUGUAGAUGAAGGUUAGUCAUAGCUCUACAAAGCUCACUGAUGAUGUACAUUAUCUGUAAGUAAAUGCUGCUAAUAAGCUAUAAAAGACAUUUAAGAAGGUACUCUAUUGCUGACAUUUCUCUUUCUGAGACAAAAUACAGUCAUCUCUGAUUGGCCCUGUUAGUGACAUCCAUAUGUUACUCUAUGAUUCAGUCAUAUUGAGGAGGAAAUAUGGAACUUAAAAUCUAUGGGAUAAAGAAAAUAACUUUGAAUAUACAACCUGCUGCAGGAUAACAGGUAGAAAACAUGAAAGGAGUGCUAUGUGGAUGAAUCACAAAGUAAUAGACAGAGUUGGGAGGUCACUAACAGGGAUAUUCUUUGAUAUGCAUGCCACCUUGUAUGUUUUAAACUAGUGCACUAUGAUCCAAAGUGAUGAAAACUAACCAAACUUCAUGUAUUCCACCAUAUUAAAGAGCUCACAUGUAGUUAUAAGUGUAACUGUUGAACUGAGGGUCAGUCUGAAACUGUCUCUGUAGCUCAGUCUUAUUUAUUCUGUAUCAACAGAUAUAUAAGUGGAAUAUAUUUGUUUUUAUUAAAGUCAAGAUUCAAGUGCCAA